ACCAGCAGUUUGACACAGAAUUGACCAAAACAAUGGAAGAAAAGUUGGCAAUUACCUCAACUUUCUCGCUCUCCUUGCCCUUCCAGCCUUCCACACUUCCACAAAAUUUGCAUGGCCAGCAGAGUUUUAGUGUCCACUCAGCGCUCGGUGUCUGGCCAAUGCCGAUCGCAUUUGAUUUGCGCAUAUAUAUCAAUCCGCAGCACUAUUGAUAUAUGUUCCAUAAGUCCGCUAUGUCCGCAGUGUCCGCAGUGUCCGCUGUGUCCGCUGUGUCCGCAGUGUCCGCUAUGUCCGCUGUGUCCGAUUCGAUGCCCACCGGCAUCGCUGUCACACUGAUCGUGGGCAGGCAGCGCAGGUAGCCAGCCGAUGCGAUCCGCUCCGCUUCGCUCUGUUCUGCUCCGAUGCGAUCCGAUCCGAUCGGCGAUUUGGUCGCCGGCUCUCGAUUCUCGAUGGGUUAAAAGGCCCGCUCCGGCCGGCGGGUCGAGUCAGUCUGCCCCUGGCCUGGCCCUUUGUCGGGACGCGUUUUCCACAGCGUUUCACAGCCGAGAGCGAGUGCAGGUGCAGGUGGUUACCCCCCGCUGCCACCGUGACGUACAUACACCGAUGACCGAGAAGAGGGAGCGGCCGGGCCCGCUGCGCUGGCUGAGACACCUGCUCGACCAGCUCCUGGUGCGCAUCCUUAGCCUGAGCAUGUUCCGCGCGAGAAGCGCGCCACCGCCUGCGCAACGUUUGCCCGCAUCCGCAUCGGAACUACCGCCUGCCGCCAAAUACGUGCCGAUACCGCGGGUGAAGGGACUGCCGCUGGUCGGGACACUUGUGGAUCUCAUUGCCGCCGGAGGAGCCACGCACCUUCACAAGUACAUCGAUGCGCGGCACAAGCAGUAUGGACCCAUUUUCAGGGAGCGUUUGGGCGGAACCCAGGAUGCAGUGUUCGUGUCGUCAGCGAAUCUGAUGCGCGCCGUCUUCCAGCACGAGGGUCAGUAUCCGCAGCAUCCGCUGCCGGAUGCCUGGACGCUGUAUAACCAGCAACAUGCCUGCCAACGGGGACUGUUCUUCAUGGAGGGCGCCGAGUGGCUGCACAAUCGACGCAUACUUAAUCGAUUGCUGCUCAACGGAAAUUUGAAUUGGAUGGACGUGCAUAUUGAGAGCUGUACCAGACGAAUGGUGGAUCAGUGGCGAAGACGCACGGCGGAGGCGGCGGCGAUUCCGCUAGCGGAGAGUGGUGAAAUCCGAAGCUACGAACUGCCCCUGUUGGAACAACAGCUCUACCGCUGGUCUAUAGAAGUACUGUGCUGCAUCAUGUUCGGCACCAGCGUGCUCACCUGCCCCAAGAUCCAGGCGUCGCUGGACUACUUUACUCAGAUUGUGCACAAGGUGUUUGAGCAUAGCUCGCGACUGAUGACCUUCCCGCCUCGCUUGGCUCAGAUGCUGCGCCUGCCAAUCUGGCGAGACUUCGAGGCCAAUGUGGAUGAGGUGCUGCGCGACGGAGCUGCCAUAAUCGAUCACUGCAUCCAAGUGCAGGAGGACAAAAGGAGCCCGCACGAGGAGGCCCUCUACCAUCGCCUGCAGGCGGCGGAUGUGCCAGGCGAUAUGAUCAAGCGGAUAUUUGUAGACUUGGUCAUUGCUGCCGGUGACACGACCGCGUUUAGCAGUCAGUGGGCAUUAUUUGCCCUUUCACAGGAGCCCCAGCUCCAGAAACGGCUGGCCAAAGAGCGAGCCACCAAUGAUUCUCGGCUGAUGCACGGCCUGAUCAAGGAGUCACUGCGUCUGUACCCCGUAGCUCCCUUCAUUGGCCGAUUUCUGCCGCAGGACGCGCAACUUGGUGGUCACUUUAUCGAAAAGGAUACCAUGGUGCUGCUCUCCCUGUACACGGCAGGUCGCGAUCCAUCACACUUCGAGCAGCCGGAACGUGUGCUCCCGGAGCGCUGGUGCAUUGCAGAGACGGAGCAGGUGCACAAGUCACACGGUAGUCUGCCAUUUGCCAUCGGCCAGCGGUCUUGCAUUGGUCGCCGUGUGGCACUCAAGCAGCUGCACUCCCUGCUGGGCCGAUGUGCCUCCCAGUUCGAGAUGAGAUGCCUCAACGAGAAGCCCGUUGACAGCGUGCUGCGCAUGGUCACCGUGCCCGAUCAGACUUUGCGAUUAGCCCUUCGGCCGCGAACCGAGUGAUACAGUCAUACACGCAUAAACAUAAUCAUAGAACUAACAGUAAUCGUAAUUGUAAUCGUAGUUUCUUUAGUUUUAUACAAAUAUAUAAAUGUCACAUAUUUCGUAA